AGAAGAUGAAACACCGCAAUAGCACUUCGAAAUCAAAUAUAGACUUUGGUUUUAAAAACGCAUGGGAAACCUAUUCAUUAUGUGAUUGUCUGGCCUCCGGUAUUCAAUUCUGUAAAGCCUAUGCAACAGUUAGCUAUAGGCGCAGAGGGAUUCAUGUGAAUAGCCCUAUACCGGUUAGAUUUUUAAAUGAUAACGAAUGAAUGGUUAUGGAAUAGACAUAAUAAUUUCAAGGAAAUGAAGCGAACAAAACAAACAAACAAAAAAAUAAACAUUCUGUGUUAUAUUAUGCACAUUAGAAAUGCCUCAAAUGGAAAGCUCAUAUUACAAAAUUAAUGACCAAAACUACAUCUUACAAGUGUAACAACGCCGACAUGCGCCUCGUCUUUUUUCCACUACGUCAUCCUCUCCAACAGUUGUCAUGACAACAGAACUCCAAACAUCCGUUCACACAGUUUACUUAACACAAAUGAAAUACCAUUGUAGACUGUAUUGGCCACUAACAGAAUUACUAGUAAAAUGUUAGUGUUGUCAAAACAACGCUGUGAUUGAAGCUGUCCGGAAUGAAUAUCACUGAAGCCUGUGCAUCAGACGAAACUGAUGCUGAGAAACGACAUCCGACAAUUGACAGCACAAAAAGGAGCACAGAGUCUUCGUGCAGACAGUAUGUCAAUGAGUUGUUGGAUCUCAGUGAAGAGGAUUAUUGCAGGGAGCACAACAUGCAUUUGUUUCAGAGCCGCACUGGCUGGGAAGACGCUGUUGAAGGUUGGGGGAGAUUUCCUCCUUUUGCUGUAAUCCUUCAACAGCAAAGAAAAGGGAAAAACAAAGAAGAUAUCAUAGACUCUCACUGCCUCCUGUGUGCAGACCUUAAACUUUCUGAUCUACCCAUUUAUUGCCCUGCUGGAAAUGCUCUGAAAACUUUCAGAAAGACUGCCCCAACUCUUCUGGAUCUAGCAAAAGAAACUCAAAAUACCUUUUCCUCUACCUCAUCAGAUGAAUUAUACUCUUUCAGCCUAUCUCUGCAAAAUAUGCCAGGGCCAUUAAUUAACAAAUUGCUGUCUGGAGAUGAACAAUGUACACAAAACAAAUUACCAUCAGUCUGCCAUUACCAUACAGAACCGUGUCAAUUUCUGAAGGAAAAGAGUGCUGCUCAUAGCAUCAGAAGAGUUAGUGUGUUGCCACCUGUCAGAGAGUCCAGAAACCUAAAGAGCUACAGUCUUUUUAAAAGAGUGCAACCAACAGACUGGCACCAAGCAGAAGUCUCCAAGGCCAUGAUGCCUGGUGCCACUGAUGCUGUCACUGCUGCUGAAAGAGCGAAUGUCAAUGGUGGUACAGGAAAUGUUGUUGAGGUCCUCACAAACUUUAUCCCAGAAGAGAACAGCUACAGGUUUAAGGGAUAUCCUAGCACAAAACAUUGGCUAUCCCAGGACAGCACUCAACUUCCACCUACUUUUAACAUCACCUUUCAAAAUAAGUAUGAGUUACCUUCCAGCACUAUGGCAUAUACCACAGUGGGCAGAAACCUCAAGCAGGAAGAAUUGACAAGGCCUUCCACCAGGAACAACACUAGUUAUAGAUUGUAUUCUGCCCACAAAACAAGAGAUGUGAAAAGACCUCAACUAAUGCUGAUUGGAACUAGAGUUCGCAUGCCUACCAUAAGACUCAGAACACAAGGCUAACACUCCAGUGUACUUGAAGAAUGUGUUACAUGAUGAUUAUGCAAAAUAAAGAGAUUUUCAAGUCUG